GUAAAAAAAAAUGGUGGUUAUUUGGGUGUAGUCGGGAGAUUUUCUGCAGCACAAAUGUGAGUACCGGCAGAUUAAAGGAUUACGAGUGCUGUUUGUCAGUGCAUCACAAAGCUAGUAUGAUCAAAUUUAUAUUGGAGAUUUCAUCGAGUGAUCUGGCAUGGCAUGUUAAUUAAAAGUUAAGGAUUAUAGAAAUUAUGUAUAAAGUUAAGAUUAUUGAAAAGCUGAUAUUAUAAAGCUUUCUUUGAUUCUUUACAUCUUUGAAGACAGGCUUGAAGGCAUUAUAUUAUAAUUAGUUUAAAAAGAAAUCAAAGGAGAAGAAUAUUCAUUACUUAUUUAUUAAACAAAAGUAAAUACUUACAUUCAAAAUUGGUCAAUAUUUUAACCAUCAAAUUCUUAAAAGUUGGUUAUGUGCAAUGCCGAGAUGUUGUAAUGAAAACAAGGCAGUGAGUUCGGUGCGUAGUAGUCAAAAACACAGCAGUGAAGAUAUUGUGCUGACACAAACUCAAGUUUUUGCAAUUGGAAAUCAAUUAGAUUUGGAAGAAGAACCACAAGUGGUUGGAAAAUCGCAUAGAAGAGUUCGUUGCGAUCUUAGUCCUGUACCAACAAAUACGAAUUCUAAUUUGAAUAUCAAACUUUUAAAUAUUAAGACUGAUAGAAGUACUCGUCAAGAGCAUCAGGUGAGCACUGGAUCUGGUGGGUACAGAGAACGAGAAAAGGAGACUAAAAAGAGAGCAGCUAUAGGCAACACAGUGCGUGGUCUUCUCUCAUCUGGCCACAGCAGGCAGGACAGGUAUGAGACAAACAGGCAACGUUCAUCAGGUGGUACCAGUGGUGGCCUGUCUAGUUUAUGUCCUAAGCUGGUGGCCAGUGGGGGUGGUAGCAGCCAGGGUGGCAUUGGUUUGUCAGUGGGCCACUUAGCCUCUCAAGAAGGAGGAAAUCCUUGUCCAGUUGUUACAACACAAAGAACUCACAAUCAUUCGCAUAAUCAUAGACGGGAAAGAAAGCAGUCCAUUGUUUCUCGAACUGCUUCUAGUUCUAGUAGUUCUUCUGAAAGAAAGGCUCUGUCAAGUCGUCCUUCUGCUACAAUCUGCAAAAAGCAAAUUCGAAUGCAGCGAGUUGAACAAAAUGCAGAUUCAUUGUCCAUAACUAGCAACGGUGUUCCAACUAGUUCACCUUCUUCUAAGAAGAAGGGUUUGUCUGGUGUUCGUAUUUCAGAAAAGUCAUCUUCUCGAAGUCAAGAUUCAUCCUCCUUAGAUCAUGAAAAUGAUCAUAGCUUUAGUGAUGCAGAGGAGGCUAUUACUGCAACAGAGAAUGUGUUCAAAGUAUCGGGAUGUAGUUCCACACCUUCCACACCAAUGAGUAAAGUAAAAUCGAAAAGAAUAACUGAAGAUGAAGUGACUAUAGAACCGAAUAUACAUAUAGAGUGCACAGAAUUAUUAAAACAUAAUAUUUCGAAAAUGUUUUCUGGUGUUUACGAGAAAGAAACAUCUACAACAGAAAUUUCAGAAUGUACCAUAACAGAUACAGUAGAGCCAAAAAUAAAAAAAGAUGAUAUUAGUGAAGAUUUGAUUGAACACAGCAAUACAAAAAUAUCCUCGUCUUCUAGUGCAAGUAAAAGGAAUAAUGAUGGUGACAAAUCUUUAAGAUCUAAAAAUAAAUCUAUUCCACAAGAUGUAAACAAAUUACAUAAUUCUAAGACAAUAGAAGAAAUUAAUGUAAAAAGUAAUAUAGAUUCUACAACAACGUCCACAGAAACGUCCAUAAAUACCGUAAAUGCAAAUCCAAGAAGAAAAUCAUCUAAUAAUUGCUCUGAAUCUGCUGCUGUAAAUAGUUUAGAAAUGGAAUCAAUGCCUAAAGACUGUAAUAAAGAAAAAUCAAAUGAAGAGGUAGUAAAAAAUUCCAGAUUUGUUACAUCUAAAGUUUCAGAAGAAAUAAUAGAUUCAGAAGGUAACGAAACAGAGACACAAAGAGUUGAAGAUGAAGGUGUAACAAUUUAUGAUGAAGACGAUAAUGGUACUAGUAUUAGUGAUAUAGUAGCAACUCAAGCACUUCACGAGUCUUUGAGUAAAUUAGGAAAAGUUCCACCACUGGAUACAGAUAUAGAAGUCAUGAAGAAUACUAAUUCACAAAAAGAGACAGAUGGAGAGAAAAUUCCUCAAAAAGAAACAGCUACGCAUGAAGAGACUGACGAAGGUUUCAUUGGGCCUUUACUUGAUGAAAAUUUUAAAGCAGAUGAAAAAUUAAGUCAAAAAGCAAUGGCUAUGGAAGAUGUACAUAAUCUAGUAAUGACAGCAAGCGUCCAAAAAGCUAAAAUUGAUGACGACGAGGAAAAAGCAAUAGGUAUUUCACCUGAUGGAAGAUUUUUAAAAUUUGAAGAAGAAAUUGGACGUGGUAGUUUUAAAACUGUUUAUCGUGGCUUAGAUACUCAAACAGGAGUAGCUGUCGCUUGGUGUGAACUUCAGGAGAAAAAAUUAAAUAAAACAGAAAGACUGAGAUUUCGAGAAGAAGCGGAAAUGUUAAAGGGACUCCAACAUCCUAAUAUUGUUAGAUUUUAUGAUUAUUGGGAAGUCACGCUUACACGUAGAAAAUAUAUUGUACUAGUCACAGAACUUAUGACAUCAGGAACAUUAAAAACGUAUUUAAGAAGAUUCAAGAAAAUUAAUCCAAAAGUUGUAAAAUCUUGGUGCCGUCAAAUCCUCAAAGGACUUAGUUUCUUGCAUUCUAGAUCUCCUCCAAUCAUUCAUCGUGAUUUAAAGUGUGAUAAUAUAUUUAUAACUGGUACUACAGGCAGUGUGAAAAUCGGUGAUUUAGGUUUGGCUACGUUAAAAAAUCGGAGUUUUGCAAAAAGUGUUAUUGGCACACCAGAAUUUAUGGCACCAGAAAUGUAUGAAGAACAUUAUGAUGAAUCGGUUGAUGUCUAUGCAUUCGGAAUGUGUAUGCUCGAAAUGGCUACGAGUGAAUAUCCAUAUUCCGAAUGUACAGGUCCAGCGCAGAUAUACAAACGUGUUGUUUCUGGUGUUAAACCUCAGAGUUACGAUAAGGUGGACAUACCAGAAGUACGUGAAAUUAUCGAAAUGUGCAUUCGCUUAAAAAAGGAAGAACGACCUUUAGUUAAAGAUCUUUUAAAUCAUGAAUUUUUUGCGGAUGAUAUAGGAUUAAAAUUGGAGAUGGUAUCACGUGAUUCGGCUAUAGCAGAUGCCGAAUUAUCACGUGUAGAAUUCAGAUUGAGAGUUUUGGAUCCAAAAAAACGGACAAACAAACAUAAAGAAAAUGAAGCAAUCCAAUUUGAUUUCGACAUCCAAGCUGAUAAUGCAGAAGAAGUUGCCUCAGAAAUGGCUAAAUCAAGUCUUAUAUUAGAAGAAGAUGCGAAAGCAGUAGCUAAGAUGUUGAAAUCACAAAUAGCUGCUUUAUUACGAGAAAGGGAAGAACGACGAGCUAAAGAAGAAAAAGAACGUUUAGAUAGAGAAGCUGAUACUAGUACUACAUCUGCUGAAAAUAUUUUACAGCAACAACAAUUAAUACUACAACAAAUGCAAUUACAACAACAACAACUUCAAUCUACCAUGGGCAUACCAAUGCAAAGUCAAGUACAAAUGCAAUUACAACCAAAUCAAAUACCAUUGCAACAGUCACAAUUACAAUCAACUUCACAACCAGGCCAACAACAUAAUUUACAACCUCAACAAGUACAAUUGGUUCAACAACCACUUCAGCAGCCACUUAUGCAGCAACAAACAUCAGUAGUUCAGCCUCAACAGGCUCAGCAAAUACAACAAGCAUCACAAGCUGCACAACAAGUUCAAUAUCAACAACAGCCACAAUAUCAACAAUUACAGCAGCAAUAUCAACCACAACAGUAUUCGCCACAUGUUCCGCAAAAUCUGAGUGCAAAUUCACCACAAUGCUCUACUCCUCAAAAUGUUCAAGCCCAACCCCAGUUUCCUCCAGUAACACAACAAAUACAACAACAACAGAUACAACAACAACAGAUACAGCAGCAACAGCAAAUACAGCAGCAGCACCACCAAAUACAACAGCAGCAACAACAAAUACAGCAGCAACAGCAAAUACAGCAGCAGCAGCAGCAAAUACAGCAGCAGCAGCAAAUACAGCAACAGCAGCAAAUACAACAACAGCAGCAAAUACAACAACAGCAGCAAAUACAACAACAGCAACAAAUGCAACAGCAACAUAUACAUCAGCCUCAACAAUAUAUUCAAUUAAAUCAAAUGAGUGUACCACAACAAAUAACACAUCAGAUUCAACAACAAUUGCAAUCUCAGGUACAGAUGUUGCCUCAACAACAGCAUAUGCAUCAACAAGUACCACAACCUCAACAGCAAGUGCAGUAUUCACAAUCUCAAAUGCAACAUAUUCAACAAGUACAUCAACAUCCAGUUGGUUCUCCACCAAUUCAAAGUCAACAAUAUUAUCAACAAAAUACAACUGGUAGUACAGGAUAUACUAGUUCUACUUUAUAUCAACAAAAUAUGCCACAACAAAUAUUCCACACAUAUGCUACUUCUAAUAAUCCAUCUGGUCAUGUAGAAAUUUUGUCAUCUACUCAGACUGCGCAACAAAUUUAUUCACACACAAAUAUUUCCGGUAACUCUGCUCCUGCAACUUCUCAGCCAUAUAUACAACAACAAACUGGACAAGUUCAAACACAAAUACCAUCAGGAAUGAAUAUUCAAAGUUCAGUGCCAGUAACUCAUGUACAAAGUGGUGCAACAUCUACAAUGCCUAGUAUUGCAAGUGCUCCUUCAAUGCUCUCUAAUACUGGUCAUCAACCACAAUCUCAACAAAAUAUAGUAGUGCAAUUGCAGUAUUCGCAAAGUGGGACUGUUAUGCCUACCUCUAUACCUAUUUCUAUGCCUACUUCUAUGCCCACCUCUAUGCCUAUGACAUCAGGAAUAAGUGGUCCUAUACAGACAUCUGCUAAUAUACCACAACAUCAGCAACCUUUUGUUUCAAAUGCUGAAUCAUCUAUUGCUGACAGAUCAUCUUUAACUAAACAAGAUACUAUGGACUCUGUACAAUCCUUGCCAUUGGAUCUGCAAUCAACUAUGCAUCAAGAACAAUUAAAUAAUCAACAAUUGCCAAUUGCUACUGCAAGCACUGUACCACAACAAUCAGCAGUUACAAGUGAUGGAGUUAUUUCUGAAAGUUCAGAAAAUGUUACAACUUCCGAAAGAAAUAGAGUUAAACGAUCUGGUACUAAGCGCAAAAAGCCUGGUAUUAAAUUAACAGUCUUGUCAGUAAGUAGUGGAGAAGGUCAAUCUAUGACUGUUGAGUGUCAGUUAGAUACUAGUAAACAAAAAACUGUUACGUUUAAAUUUGAUCGAGAUGACAUGGUACCUACUGAUAUUGCUAAUAAUUUGGCUGCUGAAAAUUUGCUGCCACAAUCUCAAUGCGAGACAUUUAUCGAGUUAAUUGAAGAUAUUGUGAAGCAGUUACGUUUAGAUCCAACGCGUGCUUUACCUUUAGUAGCCCAUGGUCCACCAGAUCAAUCUGCCGGUGGUAGUCCAGUUACAAGUCGUCGGCCAAGGGAUCGAGACCACAGUCUUGAUACAACGAAGCAGGUGAGACAUGGCUCACUAACUCGUCAAAGCAGCCACCGAUCGUCAUACAAAGUCCAUCGUAGGCACCGUUCGAGAGACGAAACUUCAAACACUUCUACUCCAACAAAAUUGUUGCCAAUCGAUCAAAUAAUUUCACAUAUUGCAAGUUCUUCUUUGGAUAAGCAACAAAAUAUUCCAACAACUGAUAAUCAAGGAGCUACUGAAUGCACAUCGGCAGAAGCGUCUAGACGAUCAUCUACGUCUACUCAAAAUACUGAUACAUUGACACCAACUAAUAUUCCAAGUGAUUUCACUGAUCCUCAGGAGAGUGGAAUUUCUUUAACAUCUGCAGAUACAGUUUUGGAAGCGACUCAUAUCGUCCAAGAAGAUGCUAAUACUUAUUCAAUUGCUCAAUUGCCAGCUAUGUCCGUUCAAAAACAAAUAGAAGAUGUGAAUACUUCUAUAUCUCAAACAAGUGAUUCAACGAAAGAUGAUAUAUCGAAAGAAGUUACAGACAUUCAAGAAAAAGAUGUGAAUAAAGAUAUACCAACAUCCGAUACAAAUUCUAUAGAAACGUCGACAUUAACUGCUGCACCAAUACGUAAGAUAUCUCGUUUCUUAGUUAGUCCCGUGGUUGAACAAAAACAACUCGCAAAUGAAACAGAAGCCUCUGGUAUAUCAGAAAAUAUAAAUAAUACUGUAAAGGUAGAUACAACAAAGUCGGAAGAAACAGAAAUAAGUACUUUGGAUACACAAGUUGUAACAGUAGAACAACCAUCUAACAUUGACAUAAAUUUACCUAAUUUACAACAAUCUGUAGAUCAAAUGGAUAAUACUAAGGUUACUUUACAACAAUUUAAUCAACAAACUGCUGGAGUUCAGAAUAUUUCUCAAAUGACAAUAUCAGGGCAAUUACAACAAAAUAUAGGUGCUGUACAAUCUAAUCAACACGUUAUAAUGCCUGGUACUCCAAUUAUACAGCAAGUAACUCAACAAGUACAUCAGUCAACUGUUCAAAAUUUCACUGCUAUAUCACAAAAAGAAAUGCAGUCUCAACAAAUGCAAACAAGCAAUUUAAACACGCAACCACAAUAUCAAAAUCAAUCUACUAUGCAAUCUAAUAUUAUAAUACAACAGCAACAAAUUGUGCAACAAAAUGUACAACAAAAUGUACAACAAAAUAUACAACAAAAUAUACAACAAAAUGUACAACAAAAUAUACAACAAAAUGUAACUCAACAACAUAUGCAAACAGAGCAAAAUCAAUCUCAACGAUCCGUACAUCAAUAUUUACCACAACAACAUCAACAAUAUGUGAUCCUUUCUGGACCGAUACAACAAUUACAACAAUCAAAUGUAGAUGAAAGAAAUCGUAGGAUUUCUAGUAUUUCUUCUACAUCUAAUAUGUCAACAGAAUCUCAAACAACCGAAGUAUCCAAUAUUUCUGAAGAUAAAAGAUAUGCUACAAUGAUGUCAAAUACGCCUAUUCAACAUAUACAGCAUGUACAAGUUGUCCCACAAGAUACUCCUAUAACUUUAAUGCAAGGAAAUCAAGAUCCUGGGCAACAUCAAACAGUUACCCAAAAUAUCAUACAUGUUUCAGGAAAUUUGCCUACACAAAUGCCAGCUCCUGUUACAGUGCCAGCUCAUCCUAUUGUUUCUACUGAAACUGCUCAUAAACCUGUAAUUAAACCAAAAGAGAUAUCUUCGACACUUCCUGAUUUGGCACAAAAUUUAGCAAAUAUUCUUUCUAAUCCAAAAUCCAAAUCUGCUACACCACAUGGCUUGAGUACUCAUGAACCAAACAUUAACACAACUGCUGUUAAUACAACUGUUCUUGAUUACAAACCUACACCACAAUCAGAACAAUAUUUCCAACCUAUACAACCUGAAAUAAGUCAAUUACCAAUGCAAACACAAACACAGCAAAAUUUUCAAAAUCAAACUAUGCAUCAAGUUCAUCAAAACUUGUCAAAUAUUCAACAAACAUUUCAGAGUCAGCAAUUACCCCAUCAAAAUUCAGCUUUCUUACCACAAGGAGUUCAAUUAAGUGUUCCAUUACAAACCGAUUCUCAAUUACAAAUUUUACAACAAAAUGUGUCAACUAAUACGAUGUCUUCUCAAACAAAAUGGGUGGGUUGUACAAACCAAAAUAUAUUGCCUCAAAAUAUAUCUGUGCGAAAUGUUCAGCCUAUGCAGAUUCAACCACAGCUUCAACAAGUACCUCCUGCCCAUCCACAAAUGCAGCAAAUAACUCAAGAACAAGUUCAUGUAGAACCUGCUACUGUAUCUGAUCAAUCUCAUUUACAUUUAAAACUUCCAGAACAACAACAAAUAGGAAAAAUAUUAGAUACUGAAGCUCAUGAUGGCAGUGUGAUUAAACGUGUGUUCUCUGAUUAUCAGUUGUUAACUUUGGAAAAUGAAAAUUCUAGUCAUGAUGUAACUCCAGAGCACACACUUGUAGAAUCUGUCGAUCCUAAUUUAUUUAUGCAACAACAAAUUAUACAGCAACAACAGUUGCAGCAGCAACAACAACAACAACAGCAGCAGCAGUAUCAACAUCGUAAAUUGAGUCAACAGAAUUCAUUAGAUAAAGUAUCAGAUAUAAGUAGUGUAGGAAGUACAGGAGGAACUGGGCCACAAACAAUAGCAGAUUUGCAUCAAAAACUUGUUCAAGUAACUAGUCAACCAUCUGAAUUAUUAAAUGUUGGUACACCACCUAUAAGUUAUCCAGCCACACCUCACAGUCAUCAAGUAACAGGAGGAUAUGAUGCAUACAUGCAUUCUUUACAACAAAAGUUGGUUAAUAUUGGUAUGCCAAUAUCAUCUGCACAAAAUCUAGCGCAGGGUCCUCUAUCGCCUCAGACUACAAUACAUUCUACAAGUGCUGGUAUUGAUUCAAAUAUAGUAACAAAUUCUGAAGGACCAAUAACAUAUCAAGAUACUUCCUCUCAAGUUAUAUCUUCACAAUCUAAUGUAGAUUGCUCACUGGAUAGUCCUAUACCGGGAAAUCAAGGAGGACCUGAAAACAUGAGUCCAAGUAAAGAAAAUAUAAAAGUGCGAAUUCAAAGACCAGGAUCUCGCCUUCAGGAAUUAGAACAAGAAUUAGCCAAAAUUCAUCAUAGAGGUCCCGUACUUCCAACAACUUCGCCUCAACCGUUAACACCUCCUGUACCUGUUAUUAAUCCUCCGCCGGUACAACCAGCGUUGCAGCAAACACAAAAUUUAUUAACAACUGUUCCUUCAGUUCCUAUUGCCUCUAUGACAUCGAAUAUUGUGCAGUCUCGCUCUGAUACGAAUACACCCGUACAAACAGAACUACAAGAUUCUGUAUCCGAGAAACCUGCAGCACAACCUGUUAGAAAAAUCUCAAGAUUUAUGGUAUCUAAAGUAUCGGGACCUCCAAGCUCUGCUACAUCAAAUAUACAACAAGAAAUUAAAACAUGUCAUUCGGAUGAACAACAAAUAGCAUCGACAACGUAUUUGAUACAGAGUCGGGAAGGGUCCAUGCCUCCAAUACAAACAACAUUAACAAAUAAUUCUGUGCAAGUAGAGUUACAAUUAGAGAAAGAAGAACGGGCAUCAACUUUAACACCAAGUGAAGAAUAUCAAUUACUUAUAAAAAGGCAAACUAUGGAAUUAGAAAUACUUCAACGAAGGCACCGAGAAGAAUUAGAACGUUUUCAACAACAACAAUUGCAAUUAUUAAUUCAACAACAACAACAAGCAAGUGCGUUGCACCACCAACAUCAUCCACUUCUUUAUCAUACAGUAGCUACCAAUGCUGCAGCAGGACAAGGAAGAGUACCAGGUGUAGAUGAUCAUUUAACGUUUAGCACAGCCCCACAAACUCCAUUGCAAAAAGGCAUCAGCAAUUGUCCAGAUACCGACGAAACAUUAAGGUUAGCCAUGCAGAAGCUUAAACAAACUCCACUUCAACUUCAACAGCAACAAACAGCAGCCAGCAUACAGCAUGCUUAUGUUAUUCCAAUUCCAGUAGUGCCUUCAGAAAGUAUGCAGAAUAUUUCUGCGCAACAGAAUAUUAACUAUUCAAGCGAAACCUCUGAUAUAUCUGAUUCAACAAAUAAUCCUGUGAUUAUAAAUUCGAGUCAAUGUCAGUUUACACCAAUAAUACCAGAUACUACAAACGUUACUUCUGCGAGUGGAGCUUUAGUUGCACCAACAUCAACAUCAGGUUCUAUUGGAAGUGGAGCAUAUGUUCAAUAUCACGAGGGUCCUUCGUUAGCAAACUUUCAAACAUUCAGUUGCACGUCGCAUGCUGGCUUCAUUUUACCAGCUGGAUAUCGUCUUAUAUAUGCGCCUACUGGGACCCCUCAGUCUCAACCAGCGACCCCUGCCACUCCACAAAUAGGAAACUCGCAUGAUGGUACGCCUCCUACAGAAACCCAGCAUUGUUCUGAAAAUGUAACUACUCUUCCUCAAGCAGAUCAAUAACGCAAUACACAAUUCAAAAUAUUCUAUACUUUCCAGUCAAUUUUUCCACAUAAUACAUUCUUUAUUUAACGUUGAAUAUUACUAUAAAAUUAUGUAUUAUUAUAAUUAUCUUUUAAUAUGAUAUGCUCCAAACAUGAUUAUAUUGGUUAUACAUGAGGUGCACACAUAUGGAAGCAUAUACAAGAUGUACAGAGCAAAUUAAUAAUGCUGCCUCAUUGAAAAAAUUAAUCAGUAUAGAAUCAGUUACUCUACAAAAAUUUAAGAAACUCAUUAGCUGAUAUAUACUGACUAGCGUUUAGUUAGGCAGCCAUAAUGAUGCCCUUCGAGCUUGAUGUAUUAUGACAUUUACGUAUAAAUGCAUAGAAGAUAUUCUUGUUACCCGCGCAUCAGCAAAACAUUAAUAUUUGGUAUAUGCCUCGCGAUUGAAGCAAGAUUGGAAUUAAAUAUUUCAAGGAUAUUUUGAACUGGCGUAAUAAGUUUCUGAAUGGUAAUUCAAAAGCUGGGGAUAGAGGCCUCUACGUUGUAUAACUGUGCUUCGAUAUUAAAAGCAAAUCUUCCAUUAUUGGAAUGCUUAAAGAACCUUAAAUGCUCUCAAUCUUUUAAAUGGCACAGUCCAUAUUAGUACAGGCCUCAGCUAGUCUUACGAUCGAGAUGGCAUCUAGCCAUUCUGCUCGAUUAUAUGUAUAACUGUUAAUGUAUACUGAAUGCUUCAGAGAAGGGAAUGAGAAAAAGCAAGAGAGGAAGAAAGAGAGAGAGAGAGAGAAAGAGAGAGAGAGAGAGAGAAAGAGAAAGAGAAAGAGAAAGAGAAAGAAUAUAAGAAAUAGAGAGAAAAUGAAGUGAGGAAGAGAGAACGUAUGUUUAUUUCUGUGUGUGUGUGAUGUGUGAAUGUGUCAAAUAAUGGAGAUAAACAGAGAAAAAAUAUGAUAAUAUAGUCACUGUUAUGCUUUAAUGUAUUUCUAGCGAUUUUACCUAUUUCAAUUAAAGAAAAAGUAAUGUGUUACUAGUUAGCAAUCCUAUAUAUCUUAUCUACUUUUGAGUACUAUUACCAUCAUUUUACAAUUAAAAAUACAAUUGUGUUUAGUACUUUUUACUUUAUAUAUUUUAUUUUCAAGAAUUUUAUUAAUAAUAAGAAAAAGAUUUAAAAAAUCAUACAAUCAGGGAAUUACAUUUUAGGCAAUUCAGUGACAGAUGAAAGAUCAUAAAAAAUUCAUGAAACUCUUCCAAAUUUGUUCUGCAAUAUAAAGACAAAGAAUUUUUAUUUUACGUCUCUUCAUUAUUUCUUAUUUGAAAUGUCUAUAAACAGUACUGCUUAUAAGAUAAAUUACAAGAUUAUAGUUCUGUUU